CGCCCUUUGUGUAACGCCAUGCCCGGAUUCAACGACAGGGACCGCGCCCGGGACAGGGGAUUUGGAGGUGGUCCUCGCUUUGGGGGAAACCGAGGUGGUACAUCUGGCAAAUAUGGAAACCCUGGGGAGCGGCUUAUGAAGAAGAAAUGGAACCUGGAUGAACUGCCCAAAUUUGAGAAGAAUUUCUAUCAAGAACAUCCAGAUGUUGUGAGACGGACACCGCAAGAAUGUGACCAAUACAGAAGAAGCAAAGAGAUCACCGUACGAGGGCUUAACUGUCCAAAGCCAGUUUUGCAGUUCCAUGAAGCAAGUUUCCCAGCCAAUCUCAUGGAAGUGGUUAAACGGCAGAACUUCACUGACCCCACUCCUAUUCAAGGGCAGGGAUGGCCAGUGGCUCUGAGUGGGCUGGAUAUGGUUGGUGUUGCAAUGACUGGAUCCGGAAAGACCCUUUCUUAUCUACUUCCUGGGAUUGUCCAUAUCAACCAUCAGCCAUUCCUACAGCGAGGAGAUGGUCCAAUUCUUUUGGUGCUGGCACCAACCAGGGAAUUGGCUCAACAGGUUCAACAAGUGGCAGCUGAGUAUGGGAGAGCUUGUCGUUUGAGGUCCACCUGUAUUUAUGGGGGAGCUCCAAAGGGACCACAGAUACGUGAUCUAGAAAGAGGAGUUGAAAUCUGCAUUGCUACACCCGGAAGGCUGAUAGAUUUCCUUGAAGCAGGAAAGACCAAUCUGAACAGAUGCACAUAUCUAGUGCUGGAUGAAGCUGACCGGAUGCUUGACAUGGGCUUUGAGCCUCAGAUCAGAAAGAUAGUGGAUCAAAUUCGACCUGACAGACAGACGCUGAUGUGGAGUGCCACUUGGCCCAAAGAAGUCAGGCAACUUGCUGAAGACUUCCUCAGAGAUUAUGUUCAUAUUAACAUUGGUGCCCUGGAGCUCAGUGCCAACCACAAUAUCCUUCAGAUUGUUGAUGUGUGUAAUGAUGGGGAGAAGGAUGAAAAGCUUGUUCGUUUGAUGGAGGAAAUUAUGAGUGAAAAAGAAAAUAAGACCAUAGUGUUUGUUGAGACCAAGAGGCGAUGUGAUGACUUGACUCGCAGGUUGAGGAGGGAUGGGUGGCCUGCAAUGGGAAUCCAUGGUGAUAAGAGCCAGCAGGAACGUGACUGGGUCUUAAAUGAGUUCAAACACGGUAAAUCGCCUAUCCUGAUUGCCACAGACGUUGCUUCCAGAGGUCUAGAUGUGGAAGAUGUGAAAUUUGUCAUCAAUUAUGACUACCCGAACUCCUCAGAGGAUUAUAUCCACCGAAUUGGAAGAACUGCCCGCAGCAGCAAAACUGGCACCGCAUACACUUUCUUUACCCCAGGAAAUAUUAAGCAAGUUAAUGACCUGAUCUCCGUCCUCCGAGAAGCAAACCAAGCCAUCAACCCCAAGCUGCUGCAGCUGGUGGAGGACAGAGGACGCUUCAGAGGCAGAGGAGGCAUGAACGACCGACGUGACCGUUUCUCUUCAGGCAAGCGGGGUGGGUGGGACCGGGAAAACUAUGACCGUGGGUUUGGCGGCAAGAGAGACUUUGGCAACAAAUCCCAAAAUGGCUUCGGCAACAAAUCCCAAAAUGGCUUUGGGGCACAGAAUUACAAUGGAAACUCCUUUAACAGCUACGGCACCAAUGUUCAGAGUGGGUUCCGGGCAGGAGCACAGAACGGCACAUACCAGAAUGGCUACGCCAGCCAGCAGAAUGGCUACAGUGCACCUCCAAUGCAGAACAGCAUGGCCCAACAGGCAUACACAUACCCAGCUGCCACUGCUACAGCACCAGCUGUCAUGGGUUACCCCAUGCCGACGUCCUACCCCCAAUAAGCUGUUAAAGCACAGUCUGUUUUUAUUUUCUGUACUUGCUCUUUGUAUCGUUUCCAUGCAGGAUAGUUAUUUAAUCCCAGCGGAUUCUCGGAGGGAGCUGCAGCAGUGCCUGUGGUGCACUUUCACUAUUUAAGUUGACUGUAUCUACAUUCCUGAGGCAAUUUUAGUUGUUUUUUUUUUUUUUGUAAUAGAACAAAGCCAGUGUUUCCAGAGUUUACGUGAUUUGGAGUACUGUAAUGGGGGCAGCGCAUGGCCUUCAAUAAAGAUCUUUAACUUGGUUA